AUGAGUUUUGGUUCUGACUCUAGUUUUAGAAUUCCAAGUAACUUUGGUUCAUUAGAAUUUCAAGAUGAUCAUGCUCCACUUUGGGCAUUUGUCACUAUAAAAGAUAAGCUAGGAGAUGGAGGAGGCAACAAGUUAUGGAGUUGUAAUUUUUGUGCUAAAGUGGUCAAAAGUUCAUACUUAAGAGUGAAAGUACAUUUACUUAGAAUAUCGGGUGCUGGUGUUGCUCUUUGUCCUAAGGUCAUUCCUGAGUAUUUGGUUGAUUUGAAGAGAAUUUGUGAAGAAGCUGAGAAUAAAAUUAAGCCCAAAACUAUCCCACUACCUUCAGCAGCUCCAGCAACCUUAUCCCAGAAAAGAAAAAAAAAAGGAAGUGAUACACUAGAAAGGGCUUUCAAUGUGGAUGAAAGAAAUCAACUUAGAGUAGAGAUAGCAAGAAUGUUUUAUUCAGCUGGCUUAUCAUUUCAUCUUGCUAGAAAUCCUUACUAUGUUAGCUCUUAUUCAUUUGCUGCAAACCAUAACGUUAGUGGUUUCCUUCCUCCUAGUUAUAAUGCUUUAAGAACAAGUCUUUUACAACAAAAAAGAUCUCAUAUUGAAAGAUUGCUCCAACCUAUAAAAUCUUUAUUGCCUAUAAAAGGAGUUACAUUGGUUUCUGAUGGAUGGACAAAUGUUCAAAGAAGGCCAUUGAUAAAUUUCAUGGCUGUAAGUGAAGGAGGAUCAAUAUUUUUAAAGGCUGUUGAUGGUUCUAAGGAGUACAAGGACAAACACUAUAUGGCCAGCAUAAUGAAGGAUGUAAUUAAUGAAGUAGGGCCAAAAAAUGUUGUUCAAAUCAUAACGGAUAAUGCUCCUGUUUGCAAGGCAGCCGGGAUGUUAAUUGAAGCUGAGUUUCAUCAUGUAUUUUGGACUCUUUGUGUUGUUCAUACUUUGAAUUUAGCAUUGAAAAACAUAUGUGCAGCUAGAAAUAUUGAUGGAAAUGAAAAUGUUUUCAAUGAGUGUCAUUGGAUCACUCUCCUAGUUGAUGAUGCAUCUUUUAUCAAGACUUUCAUAAUGACUCACUCUAUGAGAUUGGCUAUUUUUAAUGAGUUUUCAUCUCUUAAAUUGCUUUCUGUUGCUGAAACCCGUUUUGCAUCAAUGGUUGUCAUGCUAAAAAGAUUGAAGUUGUUGAAACGUGUUUUGCAAAAUAUGGUCAUUAGUGACCAAUGGAAUAGUUAUAGAGAAGAUGAUGUUGGUAAAGCUGCCUAUGUGAAAGAACUUAUUUUAAAUGAUAUAUGGUGGGAUAAAUUAGACUAUAUUCUUUCUUUCACAGAUACUAUAUAUAGCAUGCUUAGAAAAUGUGACAUAGAUGCUUCUACUCUUCAUUUGGUCUAUGAAAUGUGGGAUUCCAUGAUUGAAAAAGUGAAGACAGUCAUAUAUAGGCAUGAGGAAAAGGAAACAAAUGAAGUUUUCAAUUUUUAUGAUGUGGUUCAUAGUAUACUGAAUUUUAGGUGGAGUAAGAGUUGUACUCCACUUCAUUGUUUGGCCCAUUCAUUGAACCCAAGGUAUUAUAGUGAAGAAUGGCUUAGGGAAGCUCCUAAUAGAGUUCCUCCACAUCAAGAUGAUGAAGUUUCGAGAGAAAGGAACAAAUGUUUGAAGAGAUAUUUUCCUAAUGCUGAAGAAAGAAAAAAUGUUUUUGUUGAAUUCUCAAAUUUCUCAUCUUGUGCAGCUGACUUUGCUUCUUUUGAUUCGAUUGAAGAUAGGUGGACAUUGGACCCAAAAUCUUGGUGGGUAAUGCAUGGAUCUUCUACCCCUUUACUUCAAAAGCUUGCCUUAAAGCUUCUUGUACAACCUUGUUCCUAA